UGCUCCUUCCCUUCUGUUCAUGGGUAUAUGUAGUUGUUCUUCAAUGUUUCUACAACUUUGCUCUAACAAGGCAACGAGUCCGCCUCUGUGGGUUGCCCCUGUACGGCGGGACAUGUGCAUGUGAUUAAUCCUUACUAGGGUUUGGCAAAAGAAGCCCAGAUACAGAAAGAAUAUAAAAGGAACCUGGUAGAAAUUUUCUUUUUUCUUGUUGCCCAUAAAACAAACUCCUCUGAAAAGUUUUCUUUAUUUGGGGGCUCUUCACAUUACAGAAAAAACAGAUUAAAAAAGAAAUAGCUUGAAAAGAUCGAUUCUUCAAUAUGAAGACCCAAGAUCCGUCGUAUCACUCAGUUUUUGUCAUGAUCAGUCCUCUGUUUUGAUUUUCUUUAAUCUCGUUGCGUCAUGGUAAACUUCAUACUCCUUUCUCUAUGGGCCUUUGUUUCUUGGAAUCAUCUUGUUUCUUAAGUGUGAAUGUGCAUUGUGAAUCUGUAUAUAUGGGUGCCCCUACAAGUUAAAGAUUCCGUCUUUCAGAAGCGGGUUUGUACUUUUUCAAGAUUUUUAGCCUUUUACCAAAUGUUAACUUGUUAUACUCCCUUUAUGCCUUCAGCCCCCAAAGUUUAAAGAGCUUGUGAUUGGACUUCAGACUAAACAAAGAAUUUACUUGUAGUUCAGAAAGAUUGGUUCUUUGGAUGUUACUCCGGGACCUACCAAUUUAUGUGUGUCAGUGUGUUGUAGGGGAGGAGGGUGAUUGGGGUGUGUGGAUGGUUGGUUGAAAUUGAAAUAUCAAUGUAGAUACAAGCCUUUGUUUUAGCAUGAUAAUGUUCGAUUGCCACUUACCAAUGGGAAAAACGUAGCACUUGGAGCCUGCACAUACGAUCAGUUGUGUUGCGCUGUAAAAUUUUGCAUGUGCUGAUUAUUAUCUCAAUUAGAAAGGGGAUGAUAUGUCUGCAGUGUGGCGAUAGAGGAUUUGAUAAUGCCUUUGUGUUCUGUGUCAAAUGUCUGGAUGUUGCCGUGCAUCGCUACUGUUUGGAUGUAAUACCAGAGACUUUUGAUGAAUUUGUUCGUUGGGUUUGUGACGAAUGUGAAGCAGCAGCACAAGAACAAUCUUCUCUGGACGGAUAUGAUGCUAUUCAAUCCCAGACAAGUUAUCAUAAAGUAGCAAAAAACAUUAAAGGGUUUUCUGGAGUUGGAACAGAGAAAAAUGAUGUAGAAGCAGUUCAAACAAAAGAGCGUGUUUAUAAGGCUGGCUCAGAACAAUCGUAUAAUGCUUGUACAAAACUUGAUUUGGUUGAAAAUGGUGAAUCAGCUGGUGGUAGUUCUUCACCUACACAAUUAGGAGAUAUGAAUGUUGAACAUGCUAUUCUUUCUGCAGCCGAUGAAAGGAAAAGAUGUCAGCCAAGCUCUUCCCAGCAGCUUGAGGAGGAAAAGGUCAAGGACACUCAGAUGCAGAAUGCUAAGUUAUGUGAGGAUGUUUCCCUGAAGGAAAAUGUGAAAAAGAAGAGAAGGAUUAUGGAAUCCGAUUUGGAGAAAGACCAGCAUAGACUUGAUACAUCAUCCAAGCAAUCCGAUGGGAAAUGUGCAAAUAUAGAUAUAGCUGAGUGCUCUAGAUUGGCUAGCGAUUCUACACUCCCUAAUAAACUGAAGGAAAAUGAGGGCUCUAAGCAGAAAGAUCAAAGGUGUAUCUCCAUAAAACCUCAUGAUCUGGAUACUGAUCCGCGCAUGGCAGAGCAUCCUACUAUAUCUUGUAGUGGAUCUUCGAAAAGUUCACAGAAGAAGAGAAUUUGUAAGUCAUCUGGGGUUAUACUACAGGGGCAGACGAUACAUAGACCUCUCAGGGAAAAUAAAGGGCUCAACUUGCAAAAUCAAUGUGCUAACCUGAAUACUGAAGAAAGGAACUUCAUCCCAAGCAAUGAACAUGUUCGGAACAGAGAAUCAGAAGGUAGAGAAGAGAAGUCAUCUGCAACUCACGGUAUGAUCGAUUUCUACAAAGAUUAUUCAAAAGAUUUAGUUAGCUCAUCUGCUGACCCAGUUAUAGUCCCAAUUUGGAGCGGAAGUUUCAAUAUUUGGAACAAAAAGUAUGAUAUUCUUGAUGGGCUUAUAGCUCAUAUGUCCAGCAAAGCAUGUGGAAAAGUAUAUGAUGCAGCAUGUCAGUUUCAACCAGUGAUUCACCUGGAAAUGUUACCAAGGUCAGAUGUAUGGCCAAAAAGUUUUCAGACAUCAGAACCCAGUGGUGAUAAUAUUGCACUCUAUUUUUUCUCAUCUGUGAUAAGUAAACGAGUUUAUCAGAACCUGGUUAAGGAGAUGAUGCAUAAAGAACUUGCUCUGAAAGGCAUAAUGCAGAAUGCUGAGCUUCUGAUUUUCACUUCAACAGAAUUGCCACUGUUAUACUGGACAUUUCAGGGCAAGCAUUAUUUAUGGGGCGUAUUUAGGGGCAGACAGAGUCCCCAAUCAAAAUCUCAUGCCCAUAAACCGGAGUCAGGGGACAAACCGGCGAUGAGUUUGGAUUUGACAAAUGAUACUGGCUUCAGUGGGGGUAAAAACCCUGUGAGAGCGGAGAGAUGUUGUUCUCGGAGUCCUUGUAGUCCACUAAGCAACUCUGCUAGUUAUGUGUCGGGCACUUAUUAGGAGUGUAUUCUGCAGCCUCUUCCCUUCAGUCUUUGUUAUCUUAAACCAUGCAAGCGAU